UCAAGUUAUUCGCUUUCUGACAUUCGAACAGUGCAGUUUCGCCGCGUUUCCUCCGUCUUGGCCAAAAAGCUCGUGACUGAUCGUCGAGAGAAUAGGUGUACGAGAGAGAGCAGAGUCUGAAACCAGCUUAGAGUGAGCCGACAAGUGUGGAGUCGCGUCGCCAGCAUCCACGUUAACAGUGCAAGCGAAAGAAACGGCGAUACCUGUUUCUGGAGACGCUCUCCACUCUUCUCAGACUUUUGGAGCGCAGCUUGCUCAGCUGAAAAGUCUUGAGAAAUUAUAUAUCUCGAAUACCGCGCGUUAUUCAGGGUGUGGUGCUGCUUCGCUUAGCUAAGCUACAGAGAUCUACAUAGACGACGACGAAAUGUGGCGCCCAAAGAACCUACUAGGCUGCGUAUGGAGCGCCCUGCUUCUGAACCUGCUCCAGGGUGCGGCGGGCCAGCGCACGCCCACCAUUUCGUACAUCACACAGGAGCAGAUCAAGGACAUUGGCGGCACCGUCGAGUUCGACUGCUCCGUCCAGUACGCCAAGGAGUACAAUGUGCUCUUCCUAAAGACCGACAGCGAUCCCGUCUUCCUCUCCACCGGAUCGACGCUGGUGAUCAAGGAUUCGCGCUUCUCCCUGCGCUACGAUCCCAACUCGUCCACGUACAAGCUGCAGAUCAAGGAUAUCCAGGAGACCGAUGCGGGCACCUACACCUGCCAAGUGGUCAUCUCCACGGUGCACAAAGUGAGCGCCGAGGUGAAGCUAUCGGUGCGUCGUCCGCCCGUCAUCUCGGACAAUUCCACGCAGUCGAUCGUGGCCAGCGAGGGCAGCAGCGUUCAGAUGGAGUGCUAUGCCAGCGGCUAUCCCACGCCCACCAUCACCUGGCGUCGCGAGAACAACGCCAUCCUGCCAACGGAUAGUGCCACCUAUUCCGGCAACAUCCUGCGCAUCAAGUCGGUGAAGAAGGAGGAUCGUGGCACCUACUACUGUGUGGCCGACAAUGGUGUCAGCAAGGGUGAUCGUCGUAACGUCAACGUGGAGGUGGAGUUCGCGCCAGUGAUUACGGUGCCCCGACCACGCCUGGGACAGGCCCUGCAAUACGACAUGGAUUUGGAGUGCCACAUUGAGGCGUACCCGCCGCCGGCCAUUGUCUGGACCAAGGAUGACAUCCAGCUGGCCAACAACCAGCACUACAGCAUCUCGCACUUCGCCACCGCCGACGAGUACUCCGACUCGACGCUCCGCGUGAUCACCAUUGAGAAGCGUCAGUAUGGUGAUUAUGUGUGCAAGGCCACCAAUCGCUUUGGCGAGGCGGAGGCGCGCGUCAAUCUCUUCGAGACCAUCAUUCCCGUGUGCCCGCCGGCCUGUGGUCAGGCGUCGUAUGCCGGUGCCGAAGAAGUGGCCGCCACCUCGUUCGCCCUGGUGGGCAUCCUGGCAGCGCUGAUCUUCGCCAGAUAAGCCAACAUCCGCUCUCCAAGUCCAACCAACAAACAAAAAAAAAA